AUGAAAUUGCUCACAGAAAAACUCAUUGGCCACCUGAUGAAAGAUGAUGUCACCCACCAGGAGCAAAUGAAGAAAGAGGUGCUACAGAAAAUAAAAGAAAUGAACGCUGGCACUAAUGCCAUCCUGCAAACACCACUGUACUUCAACUUGUUCAUUCUCCUUUACAUUGAGUGUCCAGAUUUAAGGGAUGAAAUGAGCACCAGGACAUCAGUCUAUUUACAGCUCAGAAAGCACAAGAUCAAGAGAAUCACUAACAAGACAGGAACUUCUGCUGAUUCACUGGAGGAAUUUGAUGCAAUAUACAGAAAAUGGUCUCUGAAACAUUACAUUGAGAAAAAUAUGAAUGGUCUGAGACAGAUGAAAUUACGAGAAGUCAUAUCCUUCAUACCAGGAAUACUUCACAAUAGUGAGAAAGAUGUAUUACACAAUACGAUAGAUGACUUCCACGAACUGUGCGUGUCAUACAGCCUCUCUUAUGAUGACCAUGAUGCUCUUUUGGACCCAUGUAUUGAAACUAGAUUGGACGAUCAGGUUUUGGAAUCACUUGUGUCACUGAUGAGAAAAACAUCUCUUAAGAACCGAGUGAGAUUCAAUCAAACCAAAUGUCUUUAUGUCCUACCGUCCUUACUGCCUAAACUGAGGCCCAGAGAAAUCGUACUGAGGUUUUUCUCAAAUGUACCAAGAGACCUUUCGCAAUUUAAUAAAACACUGGAGGCUGCUGGCCAAUACAACAUUCGUACAGAGAUUUGGAUCAGGACACGUUUAAGAGAGUACACACAACUUUCAGGACAGGUUUUGCACCCAGUGGAUUAUUUAGUUUUGGAGAUUUUGAGUACCGGAUAUCAAGACUUGGAAAACGUUCGCCCCUUUUCUCUCAUGACUUCUUCAGUAAAGGAACUGAGAUUAAAAUACUCGAUGGCUCAGACUCCUGAGGAUCGUAUUGCGCAAGUCAUAAACGGAACGUUUCCAACAAACAGGGAAGAAGGCACCACUGAUUUAAAGAUUAACUUAUGGAAAGCACGCGACAUAAAGCUUCUACUCCAGUCCCUAACUGUUCGUCCUUUGAGGUCAAUAACUAUUUCGGCGUCGUCAGGUACAAAGCUUGAUGAUGUUGAGGACUUGAAGAAACUCUGCAGAGAGAAGGGACUCGGAGAUUUACGUGGUUGGCCUCUUAUACGUAAUGUUACGGAUAAUCCUCGUAGUAAAGAAGAAGAAGAAGAAGAAGAAGAAGAAGAAGAAGAAGAAGAGGAAGAAGAAGAAGAAGAAGAAGACUUGAAGUCACACCGCAGGAAGAAAGAAAUUGGCUGCUGUUUCUCGUGAAAGUGCAAAUGAUGUCUUUCUUUCUUUCAGCCCAAAUCUUUUUUCAUUUCUUGAGUUCGUUAUUCAUUGU